AUGCAGAAUGCGCUGCCAGCCGCAAAGGAGAUGGAAAGUGAGGAACUGGAAGAUGCUGCCACUGUUGUCAAAUUGCUCAAGGCAGCAGGUUUCAGCGCAGCGGCCAUCUCGGCACUCGGUCACCCGGCCGCCGCCCUGCGGCUCGCGGGCUUCGAACUUGGCGAGCUCCGAGCUCUCGGCCUGGACACGUCAGGACUGCGACUGGCUGGGUACUCAGCCAAGGCGAUGCAAGCUGCAGGCUACACGGUUCUAGAGCUGAAGAAGGCAGGGUACUCUGCUAGACAGCUGAAGGACAUGGGGCUCUCUGCGUAUGAGCUGAAGCUCUUGAGCUUCAAGGCAACCGUGAAGCGAAGCAAUGAACAAACCAACGCUUUGGCCGAUGAACUGCGACGCAACGACUUGCAUGCUGCAUUACCCUCCUUCAAGGCCGAACAGAUGCGAGAAGCUGACUUCCCGGCGCAUGAGCUUCUAGCCGUCGGAUACAGCAGCGAGGACUUGCCACUUGGUUCGCAAAUAUUGGAAUAUCGUUUGCACCAUUUUGCACCAGACCUGAAACAUUCUUAA